AUUCUCCCCUGCUGUUCGUGUCAUGCAGACCUCAGUCUGCAGCCUCUCUACCAGGAGACUAGGCAGUAUGGCACAAUGGUUAGGGGGAGGGGGCCUUGUACUAAAGGGGACGUGAGUUCAAAUCCCAAGUCUGUGACUUAACUCUGAGUGACUUCGGACAAGGGCCUUUUUGUUUGGUCUGAAGGUAACCUAAGGAAGUUCUCGCUGACGUUGGAGUUCAGGACACUGCCAGUCCUGCCUUAUACACGAGGCAGUGAAUGUCCUUGUGGCUGCUUCACUUACCUUUGUGUAAUGAAUCUAGAAGAAGAUUUCUUGUGGCAGAGAUGAGAUUUACAAUUCCAAUAGCGGUUCAUAAUUCAGAGUUGCUACUAAUUUACAUCCUCACCAACAGUGUCAAGAGAAUGCCUCAGUCACUCAAACCUGUAUGCAACCAUUCUAUUUUUUGCCAAUCUGAUGGGGUGCAGACUCUAAAUUUUACCCCAUUCUCUCGUGCAUGGGGUGGAGCCCCUUUUCAGACAUCACAGGCUAUUUGUACAUAUAUUCCUUUGCCUCAGAAGGGGCCUCCAACUCCCCUCAGGCUUGAUGCUCUUAGACCCCAACUAGUCUUGGGGUUCUCAGGUUGGCCUUUCGGAUACAGGAGUGCCUGCCCCCCUGUAUCCUAGUCCUUGUCUGUUCUCUGGCCUCUCCCUUUUCCUGUUUUGAUGCUGACUCCGCCAGGCCCGGAGACAGGGGCAUGAAGUCCUAAUCCUCUAGGCAGGAGCCAUAAGGGACUCACCAACCUGCCAAGCUGCUCUGCCCAGCAUAAGCAUCUGUCCCACCUGGCACGUAACCCGUUACAUAGGGGCUUCUGACCCCCAGCACCCUGCCUUAGUGGGGAGGGACCCCGAUGGUGGGGCCCCUGGAGCCCUCCACCUCCCUCUCCAGGCCAUAGGUGGGGUGAGGACACUGGGCACCCACCCUGGGUUCAGCCCUGGCUACAGGCACAACCCUCAUAAAUCGGGGCAUCAGGAGUGUCGGAAAUGGGUCUGUGGAAUGUCAGGGUUGGGUGGGCUGGGAGGGUGAGCCCUUAACUCUUAGGAGGGAAGGAUGUAGGUUAGGAGCUUUGGCCUGGACCUGAGGAUGUGGUAGCUGAACUGGUGCAGCAAAUGGGGCCUUCUGGCUGCAGCAGCCGGUAGUGAAGAGGUUAGCCCCCCAGCCCAGGCAGGAGAUAAAUUCAGGACACAGACCUCCUCUGGACUUGCUGUCACAAUGGCCACCAGGAUGGUCCUGCUUUGCUCUCUGCUGCUGCUGUCACUGCAGUCAGGCCUGCACUGGGGCCCCAGUGACGGGGAGGUUCCAAUGGCUAAAGGAGAGUUGUCUGAGCAGGUGGCAGAGGCUGGCAGGACCCAGCUGGGUAAGGACUCCCCAGGAUCCCCAUGGAUUCCCAACUCCCUCCUGUCCAACCUUGGCCCAAUAUCAGCGCCCUUCUCUCCCCCAGGUAUCCGCUGGUUUCCUGCACGCCUGCGCCGAGCACCAGCUGGCCCAUGCCAGCUGUGGAGCCUGACCCUGCCCGUGGCAGAGCUGGGCCUGGGCUACGCCUCAGAGGAGAAAGUCAUUUUCCGCUAUUGUGCUGGCAGGUGCCCCCUUGGUGCCCGCACCCAGCAUGGCCUGGUGUUGGGCCGGCUGAGGGGCCAGGGCCGAGCCCAUGGUGGACCCUGCUGCCUGCCUACUCACUAUGCUGAUGUGACCUUCCUUGAUGACCGUCACCACUGGCAGCGGCUGCCCCAGCUCUCAGCGGCUGCCUGUGGCUGUGGCGGGUGAAGGUGCCAGCCCAGGAGCCACACACUGGAGGAGCUCAGCUGACGUAUUUGUUGUUGGCCUGGACACCGGAGAAACACCGGAGGGGAGGUAGAGCAGGGUGGUCAGCAAUGAGCACAAUAAAAAGACCACCCUCCCAUACUUGUGACCAUAUUUUCAACCUCUACUGCCCACUGGGGUCGCCAACAUCAGGUGCCAUCCUGGGCUUCCUCAGUAUGUCCCAGCUCCGGCAAGCAGCUAGCACAAGGACUCC